CAAACGUACACCGAUUAACGGUAUGGCGGAAAAACUAUCCCCGUUGUUGGGCAGACAUUGAAUGCGCUAGUUUUGCAAUUAUCAAAUGAUUUUUUCCUAGUUAUGCCCGACCUAAGCUUGUCACGUUGUUGAACUAUGCUCUGUUCUUAUUGCUUUCGAUUUCAGACUGCGAAUUGGCCGCAAAAAAAAAAUAAAACGAAAAUGAAAAGUCGCAUCGAAGUGCUGCACGUGGCAUUGCUGAUGCUGCUGGUGUGCAGCCAAACGACGAUGAUAAUCUCGGCGAAAACGUUUAGCAAAGACUGGACACCCGGAACGGCCGCCAGCAGCGGUCUCUGUCCGCGUUCCCGCGGAGCACCGCCCCAGGAGCAACAGCUACAGCAACGAGCCGCUAUCGACGAGUGGUCCAACACGGUACCGGCGACGAUCCUGGAGGAAGAUAAACCCGUACUGAUGGUGGCGAAGGAGAGCAGAAUGAGAUACGUAAUUCAUCUCACGGAAACCAAUCCACUUUCUAUCGUCAUCACUCCAUCCUGCACACCAAUUUCGGGAGGUGAGAUCCGGUGGACGGUCGUCUAUAAUGAAACCACCAUUCUCAGAAGUCACAACGCGUUGAACCGAACUACAUUCCAGCAGCCAUGCGCUUCCAAAGGCGUUUAUCACGUUUGGGUGGAAAUCGCGGACACCGACUAUUGUGCAGCGGAAAUUUCCUACAACACCCGCAGUCUGGUUGACCUGUGGCCUGUGCUAAACCGAACGUCGCUUUCUCCCAUCAAGUUCCAUCAACAUCCCCGCAAGCAUCAACUUCUAGUCAAAUGGGAAAAGAGCAAGUUCGACAUCCAUGCAAUGCACUACUGCUUAGUAAUUAGCCGCGAUCAUCCACAACGAACCCUAUGCCAAGCCCUUGGCAACUCUCAACUCAACAGUAGGUGCAGCGCUUUCAAUAUGGAGGUCCUUCAACGGAUAACCGUUGAAGAAGAAAAGAAAGUUCCGGUCGACGCCAAAACUACCAUCGCCUGUACGGGCCCCCGUACGAAGCAACAGUUCAGAGGAAUGAAAUCUAACACCACCUACUUUCUGGACGUAUUCGCAAUCCACACGCAGAAAAAUAACUUUUCCUACCUUCUUGGCUCAACCAAAGUCCACGUUAACCGAACCCGCCCAACGCAACUAGUCGAAGGAAAACUAUUCGUCGGAAAGCUAUCCACCCUCGGUGGAUUAUCACUAUUCAGCUUCAAAGUUCCCAAGCGUUCGCCGGCCAACAGCACGCUUCGGCUUCUGAUAACACCCUGCGGUGGAACGGUUAACCUAGAGGUCUACCGCAAGAAACGUUUGGUGAUGAAGCCGAUUGUCGAUAUAUACUACCCGCGAGUGAUAAACGUCGGUCAGGCCAUACCCGGUGAACGCUAUUUGAUGCAGAUUUCCGAUGCGGAAGAGCACAUUCGCAUCAACCGAAUACAGAUUGCAGUCACAACGAAGAACGAAUUUACCAAUCUGCCCCAGCUACCAGCUAACAGUACGGUGGCGGAGCUAACACAAUUACGCAGUUGUCAGGCAACGACGAUCGCUUGGUACAGUUCACCGGACAAAAGGAAGAUCAGAUACUGCACAUACAUAUUUAAACAACAUACGAAGCACCAGUACUACAGUAACAUCAAGAUGCCAUCGUAUUGUGAAUUGGAGAGUCGAGACAUUUACUACCAUCCUCAACUACAGCAAAUUCAUUGCAUUUUCUCCGAUCAAAUAAACUACACGGAACUCACACCCAAAUCGAUGUCCAUCACCGACCUAGCGCCGGCUCACUACUAUCUGAUCUUUGUAACGGCCAGUCUGGGCAAUGGGCGCAGUAUACCGUACCGAUUGGCUCGGGUCAAAACACAUCCGUUUUGUCACGAGAAUGAAGCAUCCCUCAGCCACCAGCAGCAGCACCAGCAAUUGCGCACCGUUUCGGCAGCCAAAAAACAGCAGCCACAUGCCGUUCGCGGUAACAGCACAAUCAAUCUGCUGAAAUCCGGCGGUCCAAAGCAGAAACGUUUGACCGAAAGGCGAAACAAUCGACUGCGGAGGCACAACAAGUAGGAAGUUUAGAAUUGAUGUGCAUCCAAUAAUAAUGAGAGGCAAUUCUAGUUUACAAAAUCACGAAACAGUUACUAACCAACCAGUUGAGAUUUUAAACAAGCGAAUAGCGACCUCACCAAAGAUAUGUGAAAUAGCGGCAGAUAAAUCUACUCUAAUUGUUUUGGCACGGGUUCAACGCUGAGCAGACUAAGCUCUGAUUCAUCCUACUUACCCAUCCUCACACAUAGCGAACGUCACCACUCAGUAUAGGACGCGUACGCACUAGGGUGGCGAUGGCGAUGGCCCAACGCCCGAGGGUCCUGGAAAAUGGAGGAUCCAGUAGGGUUGUUUUUUCAGUUCACCCUAGCGCAACUACUCAAAGUCCCGCCGUGCCAAAAGGAAGGCGUUUAUUGGCAGUUAAAUUUUUGUUCUCCUAUAGUGGAAAAAAAGUACACACCAGUCAAGUAACAAUUUGAAAAAAGAAAAGAUUUAUAUCCUUGCGACGGCAUGCCGAGAGUCGCCUAAACGUGUAGUAUUUCGUACCGUGCCCGUACGUACUUUGAAAUCAUCGUAGAUCAUAGAGACAACUUUGUAGCGGAGAAAGUGAAAUAAAACUGUAUUGCUUUAAUAAAUUAGCCAUGUGACAGCGAGCGAGACAAGUUCAGACGCGAAGCGUGAAGAUGUAAAAUUUAUUACCACCACAAGGAUAUUUCAUUCGAAUAGUUACAUUAUAGCUUUCAAGUGCUUCAUGUGUUUUCAUGUAACAAGCAAGUGUUAUAACUAGACGGUCGGUCGGACAGAAGAGUGUGUACUAAAAGGUACUUAUAUGCAUUACACUCACAUUUGGCUUCUUUGUAGCGAGUUUAAGCUCCUCUAGCAUGUAGGAUUUUGUAUAGUAGCCAGUAAGAAUCACAUUAAAAAUGACAGUAGAUUAGGACAGUUGCUAUGACUAACUUGUGGCGUGCUAAGUUGUUAGGACGAUUCGCUGCUAAAUACACCCUUAUUAUGUAUUAGCUUAUCGUUUUGCUUAUAUAUUAGUUUUAUAAGCACACAGCUAUACUUCUAUUCUU